GGUACCAUCAUGAUGCGGAUUGCAGUCGCCGGCGGACGAGGCCUCGGGUUCCUGCUGGCGACGGAACUAGCACAGGCGGCAAACGCUUACAACGUCGUCGUUCUAUCAAGAUCUGCAAGACCCGAAUUCGAACCGUUCGACGUCCAAGUUCACGUCGUGGAUUACCACGACCACGGCAGCCUUGGGUAUGCGCUUCAAGGGGUCGACCUGGUCAUCUCGACGAUAUCCGGCGCCGAGCAGCUCAACCUCAUCGACGCCUCCGGGCGCGGGCGCGUCCGCAUGUUUGUUCCCUCGGAGUUUGAAGGAUCGAUCAGUCGACGGCCGUCACGGAACGAUCCCCUGGACCGCGGAUCGUCGCAAGCCCUCGCCUUGCUGAAGCAGUGGUCCGAAUCAUCGCGGAUGAAAUACACCAUAUUCUCAUGCGGCCUCUUCAUGGAGCGCUUCCACCCUUACGGACUCGGCAGCACGUUCAACAUCGGUCACGGCUCGGGCGUCGGCGGCGCUGGAGAGUUCCUCGUCAACUUCAGCAUGGCCACGGCCGAGUAUACGGAGCGAGAUUCCAAGGGACAUUCAGUACGUGUCUGCCUGACAUCAGUGUACGACGUGGUCCGGUUUGUCGUGGCAGCCGUCGACCUGGGGCCCUCGCACUGGCCCCAAGAAUUCACCAUGUGCGGGGAGCGGAUGACGGUUCGAGACCUCGUCAACGCAUGCAGCACGGCUUCCAAUACGGUGUUUACGCGACAUGUGCACCAGUAUGCGGAGCUGGAAGCCUACCUCAGCUACUCUGCUCAGCUGUGCGACUAUGACAAGGUGGCAUACUAUCAGAGGCUCCUGGCGACGGCCAACGGGCGAUACGACUUUUCCCAGGCAACGCUGAACGAGAUCGUCAACCGCAGCAAUAGCGUCAAUGUCCAGCCGGUCACAUUCAGCGCGUGGCUGACGAGCAUAUGGACGCAAACAUUCUGA